GAGAAGCUCGUCGCCAUGUUCCGCACUGACCUCAACAAUGGCCUGUCGCCCGAGCAGGUUCUCAAGCACCGCGAAUUCUACGGCACCAACGAGCUGCCGCGACCCGUGCGCCGCCCCUGGUGGAAGAUUGUCUGGGUCCAACUGACUGAUGUCAUGGUACUGAUGCUGUGUGCGGCCAUCGUUGCCACCGCCAUCGAUGGCGAGUGGAAGUCGUCGAUCGUCUUGGCUGUCGUGGUCGUGCUCAACACGAUCGUCGGCUCGUGGCAGGAGAUCAAGGCCGGCCGAACCCUCUCGGCACUGGAGAAUUUGAGCACGCCGCACGCGCAGGUCAUCCGCGACGGCAGUCUGGAGACCAUUGAUGCAGCUGACCUGGUUCCUGGCGAUCUAGUCGAGGUCAGCGAAGGCGAAUCAAUCCCUGCCGACUUGCGACUUGUUUCAUGCGCGCAGCUCGAAAUCGUCGAAAGCGUGCUGACUGGCGAGAGCAUUGGUGUGCGCAAGGAUCCAAAGGAAAUCAAGGUGCGUACCCGCCAGCUGCCUCUGGGCGACUGCAAAGGCAACGCGUUCAUGUCAACGCUGGUGGCUCGCGGUCGUGGCCGCGGCAUCGUCAUCCGCACCGGUGCAAAAACCGAGAUUGGCAAGAUCAGUGUUGCCAUCAACCGGUCGGCAUCGUCGGUGAGACGCACGCCGAUCCAGCGCAAACUUGCCCGCCUCGGACUCUGGCUCGUGGUCUUGGCCCUGUCGCUAUGCGCCUGCAUUGUAAUUUGUGGUGUUGCCUGGGGCCGCAAGUUUGUGCCCAUCUUCAUUACCGGCAUUUCGCUCGCUGUGUCUGUGAUCCCUGAGGGCCUGGUGGCCGUGACCACAGUCACUAUGUCGCUUGGUGUUCAUCGCUUGGCACGCCGGAAUGCCCUGGUGCGGACCCUUCCGGCUGUUGAGACUCUUGGCAGUGUAACAGUGAUUUGCUCCGACAAGACCGGCACGCUGACUGAGGGCAAGAUGGGUGCUAGCGAGCUGGUUGAUGCCAACGGCAUAUUGUUCGAGUUCACAAAGUCGACAUCGCAGGACCCAAAUGAGGGCGAGGUUGUGUAUCGCGGUCAUGUCAGUAGGCGCACCGCACCGCCCAUGGAUAUGACGCAGACAGAGAAGUAUGGCACAGCGGCUGCUGACAUGUCGAUGGUUGCCAGCGCGUUAUGCAACAACGCAGAGGUGUUUUACGACGAAGCCGAGGCUCGGUGGAAGAGUAUUGGAGACCCAACCGAAGUCGCCAUGGCCAUUGCUGCGCAAAAGGCGGGUGUGCGCAAGCGGGAGUUUGCCAGUGCUGAUCCGGCUGCCACGCUCAAGCUUCUAGUCGAGAAUGCAUUCGACUCGGACCGCAAGCGCAUGAGUGUUGUGUACGAGGUCCCCAUGCACAGUACCAGCGGUGGGUCGACCACAAGACGCUGCCUGCUGGUGGCAGUCAAGGGCGCUCCUGAAGAGGUGCUUUCGAAGUGCACACAUCAGCUCACCAGUAAUAACAGCGCGCCGCUUACUGACGAUCUUACCGCUGCCACUGGCGAGCACUGCGAGGGCAUGGCCGCCCGCGGUCUGCGCGUGCUGGGUCUUGCGGCCAAGGUACUCUACGUCGACAGUGACCUGCCGCUCACUGAAGAGACGCUGGGUGAAGCGUGGGCGGAAUGUGAUUUGGUGUUUGCUGGCCUGAUCGGUCUGAUAGACCCACCCAGAUCGGGCAUCGUCGAGUCGGUGCACCGCUGCCAUGAGGCCGGUAUCAAGGUCAUUAUGAUCACCGGCGACCACAUUGGCACUGCGUCGGCCAUUGCUGAGUCUAUCGGCAUUCUGCAGCCAGACCAUGUUGAGAACAGCCGCGCGAUUACUGGUGCUGAACUAGACUUACUCUCUGACGAAGCCACCGCUAUGCUUGACCCCUUCCCCAGCGUCUUUGCGCGCGUGUCGCCGGAGAACAAGAUCAAGAUCGUCAAGGCACUGCAACAGACCGGCCACAUCGUUGCUAUGACUGGUGAUGGUGUCAACGAUGCAGCAGCGGUCAAAGGCGCAGAUAUCGGCGUUGCCAUGGGCCUCGGUGGCACCGACAUCACCAAGGAGGCAGCAGACAUGGUCCUUGUCGACGACAACUUCACAACCAUUGUGGCAGCGGUUGAAGAGGGCAGGCGCAUUUUCGACAACAUCCUGAAGUUUAUCCUGUACCUGCUCAGCUGCAACUCGGCCGAGAUCUUCCUGUUCCUGUUCGCCUCGGUGCUCAAUCUGGACCUGCCGUUCACAACAAUCAUGAUUCUGUGGGCAAACAUCAUUGCCGACGUCCCGCCUGCGCUGUCGCUUGGUAUGGACCCGCCCGAGUCCAACAUUAUGCGCCGCCCGCCAAGGAACCCAAAGAGCGGCAUCCUAGUUUGGCGCACAACGCUGGUCCUGCUUGCGCAGGCGUUCUUCAUGGCCGCGGUCACCUUUGGUGUCUUUUUGUUCGCUGCCCUGACACCCUUUGGCGUCACUGUGCUGGCAAGCAAGGAUGGCACAAGCCCCGACCUCUACACAGCCUCGAUCUUCCAUCGGGGCAACCCAGAGACCAAUGCCGACGAGAACAUGUUUCCACAUAUUGCCGGCGCCCGCUCUGUGGCAUUCGGUGUUCUCACCGUCUUGCAGCUGAAUCAGGCAUUCCUGUCACGCUCUGUGGACCGCAGUUUGCUUGAUACGGGGCUGCGUUCCAACAUGUGGAUGGUCGGUGGUGUGCUUCUGUCGUUUGUUCUGUACAUCAUUGGCACAUAUGUACCCAGGCUCAAUGACUGGCUCGAGCUGGUGCCACUG